UCUUAGGCGGCAGUUAUGUUGAACGCAACGUUGCCAUAUCUUCUCCAUUUAUUUAGUUUGUAUCAGUCGAUCGUUCCUUGUUCAGUUCCUGAGCAGUUACCUGCCAACACUGUCGACAGUCAGCAGUAUCUGGGGGAAUGGUACUUUAUAGCAGCAGUCAGUCACAGAGAGGCUGACAUCCGGGAGUAUAGAGCAAUGGACAACGUUUUGUUCACCGUGGAGGAGACGGCCAAAAACACGCUGCUGAUGACCGGACAUAUCCGCAUAGGGGAAAACUGCAUAAAUCAGACCUGGAUCUAUCAUAUACGCCCUGAGAGAGAUGAUUUAGAAGUGGAAGGGAGGCCACAGCGGAGGACCCUGCUCUGGAGCGGCAAGUGGGUCAACUGCAGCGACUGCAUCAUUGUCCAGGAAGUGGAGCCCCCUGUAGACAGUACAGGCACGGAGGACUCCCUCAACAGACACAUGCUGUAUGCUCGGCAGAGUGACGUGGACUCCGAGAUGGUGACAGCAUUUCUGAAAAACUCAGCCUGUCAUAACAUGUCGGCGAGUGUCAAACUACCUCAAGAGAAAGGAUGUUGCCGUUGCCAUGGACACCUUGGAUGAUAAGUUUAUUUCAUGUUUUCUUGUAUCAUGGUGAAAUAAAUCAAG